AUGGAAGCCACCGGGAACCCAUCACCAGGAAAUGUAAUAGUGGAGCUCUCGGUCCUCGAAGGGCAGCGGCCGGAGGAGCAGAGACUUCUCAAUGGAGUCGACCAGAGGGUGUCUUCUUCGGCGGAGCAGCCAAGCCCAAUCCAGGUCCAAAAGGAAGACCCGUGGAGACCCUGUAAUAAAAUACUGUGUUGGAGGUGCAAGCUGUGGAUGGCCAUUGUCUCUGUUUUCAUAGCUUUCAUUUUAGUGAUCAUCAUGAGCUUAAUUCUUAUUAGAGAUACUUAUAUUGAUGAAGAUGAGUAUGAAAAACCUGAAUUAUCUUCAAAUAAAACAUUCUUGGUCACUCUAAAGAUCCCGGAAGAGUGUGCUAGUGAAAAGGAAAUGCAGCAUCUGCUCUCUGCAAGGCUCACUGAUGUGUACAGUUCAUCACCAUCACUGAGUCGUUAUUUUACCUCCGUUCAAAUUUUGACUUUCAGUGAUGACAAUUCCACAGUAACCUACCACCUACUAUUUGGGGUUCCUGAAGAUGAUAAUUUUAUGAAGUAUAUGAUGAGUGAGGAGUUGGUAUUGGGAGUUCUGCGGCAGAAUUUCCAUGAUCAGAACAUACCUGGUUGUGAAACUCUGGGGCUUGAUCCUGCAUCUCUUUCACUCUAUGGUAGGUUGUAUGGUAAGUUUUUGCGACAGUAA